AACAGAAAAAAUAAUAAUAAUAAAAUAAAAACCCGAUUUUCUCUCAUUUCCAUUUCGCUUCAAAAUCCUUCUCUUACAGAAAAAAGAAACGCAAACAAAUAAAUUAAGAAAUCUUAGAAAAAAAAAGCUGAGGAUAUUCAGCCAUGGAUGAAACAUACGAUGUGAUAGUCCUAGGUACCGGCCUUAAGGAAUGCAUUCUCAGUGGUCUUCUCUCCGUUGAUGGACUCAAAUAGAAAAGUGGGGAGAUCCAUUCCUUCCAAAGAAAUCUUGGAAAAAUGGUUUGUUUAUUGUCUCCGGAUCGAGUUUGGAUUUUGUUUUCCAUCAUUGUCGAGAGCUCAAGCUGGAGGACAGAUUUACACAGUAGGAGAACUUCAUUCCUACCAUUCUCACCAAGGAAUUUGUCAUUGAUGGUUUUGCAUAUGGACAGAAAUGAUUAUUACGGUGGAGAGUCUACUUCUCUUAAUCUUAUGCAGCUUUGGAAACAUUUCAAGGGAAAUGACAAACCUCCAGAACAGCUUGGCACAAGCAGGGAAUAUAAUGUUGAUAUGAUUCCCAAGUUCAUGAUGGCCAAUGGCAGUCUGGUUCGUAUUCUCAUCCACACAGGUGUUACCAAGUAUCUUAACUUCAAGGCCGUGGAUGGGAGUUAUGUGUACAAAAAGAAAAAAAUCUAUAAAGUUCCAGCAACUGAUGUUGAGGCACUUAAAUCACCAUUGAUGGGGCUGUUUGAGAAGCGCCGUGCCAGGAAGUUCUUCAUUUAUGUCCAAGACUACGACGAAAACGAUCCAAAAUCUCAUGAAAAACUUGAUCUCAACAAAGUAACAGCGAAAGAACUUAUCUCAAAGUAUGGACUUGAAGAUGAUACAAUUGACUUUAUUGGUCAUGCCUUGGCACUCCACAAUGAAGAUAGUUACUUGGCUCAGCCAGCUUUGAACUUUGUUAAGAGAAUGAAGCUCUAUGCAGAGUCUUUGGCACGAUUUCAAGGAGGAUCUCCUUAUAUCUAUCCACUAUAUGGACUUGGAGAAUUGCCUCAGGCAUUUGCACGUUUAAGUGCUGUUUAUGGUGGUACUUACAUGCUCAACAAGCCAGAAUGUAAGGUAGAAUUUGAUGGUGAUGGGAAAGUCAUUGGAGUAACUUCUGAAGGCGAAACUGCUAAGUGCAACAAAGUUGUUUGCGAUCCAUCUUAUUUGUCUGAUAAGGUUAAGAAGGUUGGGAAAGUUGCUCGUGCUGUAUGUGUAAUGAGCCACCCUAUUCCUGAUACCAACGAUUCUCACUCAGCUCAGGUUAUUCUGCCUCAGAAGCAACUCGGUCGUAAAUCAGACAUGUACGUCUUUUGUUGCUCCUAUGCUCAUAAUGUAGCUCCCAAGGGAAAAUACAUCGCUUUUGUUUCAGCUGAAGCCGAGACUGACAACCCUGAGCAAGAGUUGAAGCCUGGGGUUGACCUACUGGGAUCCGUAGAUGAGAUAUUUUAUGACACUUAUGACAGAUAUGUGCCCACUAACGACCAUCAAGCUGACAACUGCUUCAUAUCUGCUCUACAGAGCUACGAUUCGACAACACACUUCGAGACCACCGUCAUCGAUGUGAUGGAGAUGUACACCAAGAUUACUGGAAAGGUUCUUGAUUUAUCGGUGGACCUGAGUGCUGCUAGUGCUGCUGAAGAAUGAAGCAAUUCUUCAAACAUUUUUGAUCUAUCAAGCAAAGCCAUUAACAAAAAAAAAAAAAAGCCUUCAGUUUGUCUCAUUUGUGUUUCACCAAAUCUUUUAGAUGAAAAACCCAAAGUAUAUUUGCAUGUAAUCUUCUUUUAUUAUUAUUAUUAUUGUUACUGCUUUUAAGUGAUUUAUCCCAAAUUCAUCAGUGGGUUGGUGAAACAUGUUUUCGACCAAUAUUAUGUAUAAGAGCACGAGUCACGAUAAUAUAUUCUAUUUUUACCA